AUGUACAGCCCGACUCCCCCACCCCCUGUACCACCCCCGAAGCCGAGCAGCCACGACGCCAGCCGUCUAGGUACGCCCGCCACCACUAGCUCUCCUCAACCACCGGCCCCGAUCCCGGAUGACACAUUCUUGAGAUCUAUGGAGGGGAGGGACAAGUCGCUGGCUACUAUGGAUGCGUCGGGUUUGAUCCCAGCCUCGGCGUCCAUGACCAGAGGGACAGAGCGAGAGGUCAUACCGGAUCCCGGCGACCAGUGGUUGCCAAAGGUUCUUGAGGAUAAAUCGAAACAAGACCUUGCCGAAAUCCUCUCCAACUCAGCGGCUCUCGACGCUCUUACACACGCACCUUCAACAGCACACCCAUCCCUAACCUCAACCCGCGAUGCGCUCCUCGCCGCGCUGGACGAUAACGUCGCCCUCGCAAGUCACCUCACAGAGCUCGAGGCGCACCUCUCCCAGCAGCGCGCGCAAGCGCAAGCACAACUCCUAUCGACGCACGCCCUUGAGCGCCAGUGGCGCCAGAAGCAAGCCGAGAUGGACACCGCGCUCGCGCCGUUCGCGCCCGCAGCUCUGUACGCGAGGCUGGGCCAGAGCCUGGCAGAGCAGGAGGCCGUGUGUCGCGCGCUAGAGGAGAGCUUUCUGGAAGGAGGGGGGAGCGAAGGGGCUGGAGGUGAGGAGCUGGCGACGGAGAGGGAGACGCUGGAUUGGGUGAGGCGGUACCGCGAGGCUAAGAAGCUGUUUUAUCUCCGCCACGAGCGACGGGAGAGGUGGAAUGAGCACCGCGUUGGAGGCUGGCGUUGA